AUGGCCAAGAACGAGCUCAUCGACGCUCACGUCUCGUCGCGGCAGUGCAAGCGCGCUGUAAAUGCCCUUCUCACACAUGCUAUCAAACACCAAGAGCAGAAACAGGAGACGGAGCUCCUGGCCGGGAAGGAGCAGCACGUAUGGCUGCAGGUCGCCGUGAAGAGGAUGCACCCAGAGAAAAAGCUCAAACCAUUCAAGAUUCCAUUGAAGUAUCCUCUGGUCGACCCACGCACAUCCUCUGUCUGCUUGAUCACGAAAGACCCACAGCGCGAGUACAAAGACUUGCUCGACUCGCACGGCAUCAAGUUUAUUAACCGCGUCGUCGGCAUCACAAAAUUAAAGGGAAAGUUUAAGCCAUUUGAGGCCCGAAGACUUCUCCUGCAAGAAAAUGGCUUGUUUUUGGCAGAUGAGCGUGUUGUGCCUUUGCUGCCAGGGUUAUUGGGGAGGAAGUUUUUCGAUGCAAAGAAGCAGCCGAUUCCUGUAUGUCUCACGCGCAAAGACCUCAAAGGCGAACUAGAGCGUGCUAUCUCGUCUACGUACAUGCACCAAAAUCAGGGCACAUGCACGUCCAUCAAAAUCGGCACCCUUUCUCAGACCCCAUCUCAAGUUCUUGCCAACCUCGAGAUUGCCCUGCCUUCUGUCGUCAAAAACAUUCACGAUGGUUGGGAAAACGUGCAAAGUUUGAGCAUCAAAACCAACAGCAGCGCGAGCUUGCCGAUAUGGUCGUGUGAACUAGGAGCAGAGGAUGGUGGGCGGUGGGACGGGUUGGUCGCGGGAGACGAAUCGGACGAAUCUUCAAGUGAUGAGGAGGGUGGCGAAGAAGCAGGAGACAGCGACGAGGACGAGGCAAUGCAGGUGGACGAGCUGAAGGCGCCACCAAUCCUUCCGCCAAAAGAGAAAUCGAAAGGUACCAAGAGAGUUGCCGAGGAGGGAGAGGGAGAGAAACCGAAAAAAAAGGCAAAGGGCGAGGUUUCUGCCGGUCUUCCGCAAUCGAUUCCAUCCCCUUCCUUACAAUUACAAAAAGCAGUGAGUUCAGUGUCGCUCGAAGCCAUCUCCUCAAUUUCUUACAUGUCUGCUCUACCUAUAGGCUGA